AUGGCCGCCAAAGUGGAACUCAAGCGAGCUGUCGAUUUUGUAAAAUCUGCAGAGGUCUCUCCAGUGCCUGAUGUUACCGCCAACUUCGAUGCGAUCAGCCAGAAACUACGUUGGUUUGUUCUGCCCUGUGAAGCUGCCGCACAAAUGCGCGGGGAAAUAAACCAACUGGCGAUUUCGACCGGACCCUCUUCACCUUGGAAGCCUGGCACCAUGGAUCCAUGUACGAAUGCAGCAGCGUUUGCUACUUCUCAGAAGAUUUCGCCCUCUCAUCGACCCAAUACAGCUACUGCAGCAUCCCCCACCAACCAUCAGGCCGCCAAGAGCUCAUCACAUGCCACGCAUCAUCGGAGUCUUGUUGGAUCAACAUCUCCGCGCCAUCGUAAUCGAAGGCCUACUUCCUCUUCGCCGCAACAUCUGUUUUCUCUCGCCAGGCCCAUGUCUCCCAAUUUCAGUACCCUUCACAAUGAGCCAAAAUCUCACGCGAAGCAUAAAAACAACUUCCAACAGGAAAACAACAGUCACGCUAAUGAUAGAUCCACUACGAAAAACACCUACCUGACAUUGAAGUCUACUUCCCCCGAUAGCGCAGCGGAAUGGUUGAAUAGUGGAGAUCCUAACGAGUUAGAGGUUGUUCUUAAGGGUUCUAAAGGACCGAAAGUUCUCUCAUCUUUCACCAAAGUUUCGGUUAGCAACGAGAGGGUUGAGAGAACAUCAUGGCAGCGUCCUUUCAAACAACUCUACAGGGCAUUUAUUAAAGUCAUCAAGUACUUUGAUAUUAUCCAUCUAGGAGAUCGUGUACUAGUUUGUCUGUCUGGAGGAAAGGAUAGCCUUUCCUUGUUGCACUGUAUGCAUGCCUACCAGGAAGCGUGUCUGCGGUGUCCUGAUUACCCUUUCUUCGAAAUCGGUGCUGUCACCGUCGACCCCGGUAGCUCGGCCUUUGACCCACGACCUCCCAUCCCGUAUCUAGCAGAGUUGGUUGUGAAAUAUUUCUUCGAACGACAAAGUAGGCCUUAG